AUGGUCCAAGUAAGUGAGGUAAAAGAAUCCGGCGCUGGAACUCAGGGCUCGACCCGCACUGCGGCACAUACACACAUCAAAGGGCUUGGUUUGGAUGCCCAAGGUGUCGCAAAGGCUGUGGAAGGUGGAUUUGUGGGACAAGUGGAAGCUCGGGAAGCUUGUGGGGUUGUUGUGGACCUGAUCAAAGUCAAGAAAAUGUCAGGAAAGGCCAUUCUACUCGCGGGAGGUCCAUCGACGGGUAAGACCGCAUUGGCGUUGGCUAUUUCUCAGGAAUUGGGGCCAAAGGUUCCAUUCUGCCCAUUGGUGGGAUCUGAACUGUAUUCAGUUGAAGUCAAAAAAACAGAAGCUCUAAUGGAAAACUUCAGAAGAGCUAUUGGUUUGAGAAUUAAAGAGACAAAGGAAGUGUAUGAGGGUGAAGUGACAGAGCUGGCUCCUCAGGCCGCAGAAAAUCCAUUGGGAGGUUACGGUAAAACUAUCGCACACGUAAUUGUGGGUCUUAAGUCUGCCAAAGGUACCAAAACGCUGCGAUUGGAUCCUACAGUUUAUGAAAGUAUCGAGCGUGAAAACGUCAGCGUCGGUGACGUCGUGUACAUCGAGGCUAAUACAGGCGCUGUGAAGCGUGUGGGUCGUUCCGAUGCUUAUGCCACAGAAUUCGACUUGGAAGCCGAAGAAUAUGUUCCAUUGCCAAAAGGCGAAGUCCAUAAGAAAAAAGAAAUUGUGCAAGACGUAACGUUGCAUGAUCUGGAUGUGGCAAACGCUCGUCCCCAAGGAGGCCAAGAUGUGGUUUCGAUGAUGGGCCAACUAUUGAAACCUAAAAAGACAGAAAUUACUGAAAAAUUGAGACAUGAAGUUAACCGCGUGGUGGCAAAAUACAUAGAUCAGGGAGUUGCAGAGCUCAUUCCAGGUGUGUUGUUUAUUGACGAAGUCAACAUGCUAGACAUCGAGAUUUUCACAUAUCUAAACCGUGCAUUGGAAUCAUCAAUCGCACCAGUGGUAGUACUGGCAUCUAAUCGCGGUCUCACAACCGUACGUGGCACAGAUGACGUUGUAUCGCCUCAUGGUAUUCCUCCAGAUUUGAUUGAUAGAUUGCUCAUUGUCAGGACGCUACCUUACUCUAGAGACGAAAUUCGCACUAUUAUUGAAAGAAGAGCAGCAGUUGAAAAUCUCAAAACAGACUCUGAAGCUUUGGAUUUGCUUGCGACUAUGGGGUCUCAAACCUCGCUUCGUUAUGCAUUGCAACUACUAUCACCUUGCGGUAUACUAGCAAAGACCUCCGGUCGGUCAGAAAUUACACAAGCUGAUGUUAACGAGGCCAAACUGUUAUUCCUUGACGCCAAAAGGUCGACACAGAUUUUGAAAUCUAGUGACAGUUAUUUGUAG